UUCACCUCCUCCUCCGGCUUCCCUCCUAGAUCAUCAUUUGUUUUAGAAGUACUGCAGAGCCUGACGAUGCUUUUAUAAGAGCACGAUAGUCCUCUAAAUAGUCCACCACCCCUGUUGGCUCUCCCAUUCGACAUCACUCGCCUACAACGUUCCUAUAUGGCCUCCAAGACACUGGAAGCGCGCCUCGAGCGCCUCUCUGUUAAAGAUGAGAGUGAUACCGGGCACAAUGGCGGCAGCUAUCCGAAGCCUAAGAGCUCUCUAUCAACGGCCAUGUCCCUUUCAGGCCUCGGACCUGGAGGGCAGUACAACGCCUCUAGCCGACCCAAUCUGCUAAAGUUGGCCCUGCAAAACACCAAUGAGAACAAAGUCAAUGCGAUGAACGUUGGCCCAUCCCCCACCAAGAGCUCACAGAAUACUCUACCGAGCCGUAACCUGGAUGAGAAUGGGGAACAACGGCACCCAAACCCACUAUAUGACCAAGCAUCACCCAAAAAGCUACACCUUGGAAUGUUUGAAAUUGGGAAACCUCUGGGGAAGGGAAAGUUUGGCAGAGUAUACCUAGCCAAGGAGCGGUCUUCGGGUUUCGUAUGCGCGCUCAAGGUCUUGCAUAAAUCCGAAUUGCAGCAGGGUGGAGUGCAAAAGCAAGUCCGCCGAGAGAUUGAGAUCCAGAGCAAUCUCCGUCAUCCGAACGUUCUCAGGCUCUAUGGUCAUUUCCACGACAGCAAACGAAUCUUUUUGAUUCUAGAAUUUGCCGGUCGGGGGGAGUUGUAUAAGCAUCUUCGAAAGGAACAUCGAUUCCCUGAAUGGAAGGCUGCCCAGUACAUUGCUCAAAUGGCCGCCGCCCUGAAAUAUCUUCACAAGAAACAUGUCAUGCAUCGUGACAUCAAACCUGAGAAUAUCCUUGUCGGAAUUCACGGGGAAAUAAAGAUCAGCGACUUUGGUUGGAGCGUACAUGCACCGAAUAACAGGAGGCAAACGAUGUGCGGAACAUUGGAUUACCUCCCCCCCGAGAUGCUCAAGCCGGGCUCACAGGAUAAUUACUACAGUGAGAAGGUAGAUUUGUGGAGUUUAGGUGUCUUGACCUAUGAGUUCCUUGUUGGAGAAGCUCCUUUCGAGGACACCCCUGUUAUGACACAAAGGCGGAUUGCAAGAGCGGACAUGACAGUCCCCUCUUUCGUCAGUCCUGAGGCUAGGGAUCUUAUCAAAAGGCUCCUCGUUCUGGACCCAGAGAAGAGAAUCUCUCUCGAUGAAAUCCAACGGCAUCCUUGGAUCCUUAAACAUUGUGUUAAGGAUGAACGCACUAUGAAGCGCAGUUCUGGUUCGUCAAGGGAAGCCAAACCCUAACGUAUUGUGCAUGAAACCUAGGCGCAUUGGUGUUAAGAGGUGCUUUUCGGUCUUUUCUCGUCGCUUUAGCAAGUAGUCCUUUCAAUCCCUUUCAUUUUGUGGAGUUAAGCCUGUCGGGGUUUCUCUUUUACGAUCAUCUUCCUGUCGCGGCGUUUGGUUCACUAGGUCUAUUAAUUGGCAUAUCUUUGCACGUGGCACAUCGAAUAUAAUACACUUAAG